AUUUUACAUAUAAUAGUAUUGUACUCCAUAUAUUUUAAGUUAUACCUAACAUUAAGAACAUUUCAUGGCGCAAUUUAAUUGUUGUCAUUAGAGAGAGGAAGCAUCCAUCAGUGGAACUAUAUGUGUAGUAGGACAAUGUAAUAGAACAUUACCUUUCCCAAACUAUCUGGCGGAAACAAUCAAAGUUCUGAUGUUGACUUUGAUAUGGGGUCCAUAUCACACUUCAAUUAGCUCUCAAAUCUCAAUCUAUGUCCUUAAAUGAAACUGGACAUCAUUACCCAUCACUCUCUCUUUACCCCUUUGUAUUUUCAGACUUCAAUUCUGUGACCCUGUUCUGCAAAACUAGUUGUAAGAGUAGUUGUUAGUGGUUUCAAUAGCUGUUAGCGAUUGACAAAGUUAUUAACUGUCGGUGAGUAGCUGUUAGAGGUUAGCGGUCAAAGUAGUUGUUUAAAGUAUGGGUGUUUGGUAAAAGAAAUUGUAAAAAUAAUGAGUGACCUAUUUAUCUGUUGGGUGAAUUUAACUACAAAAUCUAAUUAAAGAACUAACAACCCUCCACAAAGCUAUCUUUUUUCACUAUAUAGCACUGCACAUGAGCCUGAUGCAACUAUGACAAAAUGACGAUAAACUAACCCAAACCUUUUCAUUGGCCCUUCUCAUAGUUGUAGAUACAAGACCUACAUUUCACCUUUUCCCCUCUCAAGCCACAACAAUUUUUUUUAGGAAUAAAAAUGCUUCCUUUACACGGGUCUUCAAAAAAUGGCUCCUCAAUAUAUAAUUCUUGUUGGAUGGAUCGAGGCUGGUAUAUGGGUGGACGGUGAAGCUUGAAAAUAGCACUUGUUCCCAUACACGGUCCUCCCUAGCAAACAUUCUACUCUAGGUUGAGCUUCAGUGCCAUAAAGGAAACCUAAAAAAUUGAAAGGAUAUAUCAUGUUGACAGAUUGUGAAGCUGCUGUUAAGGGUUUGAUCAACUCGAUGAGAGUCGAUAAACGUAUUCGAAGCAUUAUCGAGGACAUCAGAAAAGUGACAUCCUUUAUGCCAUUCUUUUGCUGUCAAAAAUUCGAUAGGGAACAAUUCAUGGAAGCCCAUAAGCUAGCAAUGGAGGGUGAAAAACCCUUUAGCUUUCUUUCUUUGUUCUCUUUUUGUCCGUUGCCCAAUAAAAAUGUAUAUUUCUUAUUAGCAAAAGUUGUGAAGUUUUCUUUUACGGAACAUGUACUACAUCCUUUAACAUUCAAAUCAUAUGAGUGAUUUAAUUUGAUUUUUUUAAGUUAAAGGUGCGUGGUUAUGAAAAUAGACCGCUUAUUUAGAAGUGAUAUUUAAUAUAGCUUUUUUUUCAAAGGAAAAGGUUAGCAAAAAUCCUUUAAACUAACACAUGUAAUUAAAUAUAGUGAUCAUUGAGUAAAUGCUUUCAAAAUAAUGAAAACUUGAAUGCAACACAUAUAAUAAGUGAGAAGGGUAGGUAUGAUGUAAACCUGGUAUUUCAUCAAACAACUAAAUCUUUUUUGACAUAGAAAUUUAAUCAUAUAAAUAUGCACUUUGGAGUAAAUGGAACCCUGCGAUCAACCGUUAUUUCAGGUACAUUACCCGCCCAAAGCAUUCAUUAUCUCAAGCAUAUACAUUAGUGAAGGGCCAAUUUCCAUUUAUAGCUAAACUAACCUCACCACCCAAAAUGAUCAGAAAAAUAUUUUUUUUAUUAAAAAAAUUCACUUCUCAAAAAAGGGUAAUAUAAAAAUCUCACUUUAAUUAAAAUAAUUUUAGCCUAACCUCCCAUACAAAAAAAAAAAAACAAAAAAAAAACAAAAAAGAAGAAGUUUAACCCUCAUUUGAUCAUGAUCUAACAUUUCAUCCCCUUAUUUCCUCCCCCACAUUAUCAUCAUCAAUUCCCAUUAUUUCUAAUACCAUUUCCAUUUACAAUUUACAAGAAAGUGAAAAAAAUAAUCCGAAUUUUGAAGAAAUUUGUCAUCUUGAAUCUCCUAUGCCUGAAAAAAGAUGUCUUAUACAGGGCGUUCAUUAAGGCAUUACAUUGAACAAGAGCUAGGUACUCUUCCACAUUUUAUAAUUUACGCGGUACUCGAAUGGACCCUUAUAGGAUUGCUAUUCCUUGAUGGUUUCCUUGCAUUUAUAUCAAGUGAAUUUGCUGAUUUCUUUGAUUUACAAGCCCCAUGUGUUCUAUGUACAAGGAUUGAUCAUAUCCUAGCACGUAACAAAUCAUGGCGUUAUUGUUACAAUGAAACCAUUUGUGAUGGUCAUAAGAAUGAAUUAUCUUCUCUUGCAUAUUGCCAUGUUCAUAGAAAACUGUCUGAUAUUAGAACAAUGUGUGAAGGUUGUCUCCUUUCUUUUGCAACUGACAACAACAACAACAAUAAUAAUUGUAACAAAUCUUUUAAUGGGGGUUUAAAUAAGGAUAUUGAAGGGUUGUUUGAUGAUGAAAUGAGGGCUAGGCUUCAGUUGCAACCUCUUUGGGAGGAUGAUGCUAGGAAUGGAAAUGCGAAUGCGAAUUUGAUAUACUGCUCAUGUUGUGGGGAACGUAUGAAGAAGGCUAAGCCUACAGGUUACCAGCAGCAGAAGGGCAUUGGAAAUAUUAGCAGUAAAGGGUUAUCAAGCAGUAGCAUUUCUAAUAGGCUUUCGCAGCAGGCUCCUACUCCUUCCCCUCGCGCUCCCUUUGCUUCAUGGAGGCCAGAUGAAUCUCGGGCUACCUUGGAGUUGUCUCACAUUCGAUGUAAGGAGCUUAAGUCGUCUGAAACUACCACCCCUGAUGAGGAGGUUACAAGCAGUGUAACCACCCCAACUGCAAGCAAGGAUGAAAACAAACCUAUGACACCAAGGCCAACAGAAAUUGAUGAUUCAGUGGAAGAUUUUGUGAGAACUCCAACAUUUGGGAGGGGUAACAGAUUUUACGGCCUAUCUGAUUCAGCUGCUGCAAGUCCAAGGUUUGCGAACAGGGCGCCUAGGAAAUCACUCCUAGAAAAAGUAGAGCUAGCCUCAGACCCUGUUGAAGCAAUCACAGGAAAUGAGACAGACAGUGAGCUUAUCAUGAGCCGCUUGAAAAAACAAGUUCGUUCAGAUAAAAAAUCUCUUAUAGCUCUUUACAUGGAGUUGGAUGAAGAGCGAAGUGCUUCUGCUGUGGCAGCCAACAAUGCAAUGGCUAUGAUCACGAGGUUACAAGCAGAAAAAGCAUCGGUCCAAAUGGAGGCCUUACAGUAUCAGAGGAUGAUGGAAGAACAAGCCGAGUAUGAUAAAGAGGAUAUUCAAAUGUUGAAGGAUUUUCUUAAUAAGAAAGAAGAUGAAAUCAGAGAUUUAGAGGCCGAGUUAGAUCUUUAUCGAGAUAGAUAUGGUCUCCCUCAUGUUACUCGAGGUGAUGUCUUGGAAAAAUCUCAGUCUUUCUCAUCGAUUACUGAGCAUGGAAGCCCAUUGUUUAGCAUAGUUGCUACUGAUACAGAAAUGGAAGUUCAGGAGCAUGUUUCUGAUAAGAGUAGCAGUGCAUCAUUUUAUGGAGAAGGUGAAAAUAGUGGACAGAAGAAUGAUGAUGAGAUUCAUAAGGAAGAUGAUAAUGAUUAUGAUGAUGAUGUUGGUGGAUCAUCACAUGAAGGUGGCCAGAAUUCCGAAACACAGGAUGUUGAUGAUGAUGGUUCAUUCAUUGAAAUUGAGCACGAGGGAUCUUUUCUCUUAGGUCAACUAGAAAACCUUGAAGUUGAGGAUACUCCAUAGUACAAAUGAUAAUCAGGUUGAUGUACCUAGUAAUGAAGAAAACAUAGGACACUUGAUUAAAUUCCCAUUUCCCCUCCUCAAAAAAUAAGAAAAGGAAAAGAUGUGCAACUUUUUGAUCUUUUUCAUUCCAAGGGUAACACUGAAAGAACUUAUGUUUAUGAAAGAGAGCUGAGGAUCUAAAAAAACUUCGGUACAUGAUCUCCACGCCAUUACAGCCUAUUGGGCUUCAUCCUGUAUUAUUAUCCAAACGUUUUCAGUGUUAAUAUGUGUCUUCUACACAAAAAGGAAGGAUGAUAAUAGAGAAGAGCAAAGAAAGGAAAGAUUCACCAUAAAACAUCACUUAGGCUACUUGCCUUUAUUCUGACAAAAUGCCCUGUAUUAUGUGAAUCUGCAGAAUUUAGUCAUGAAUCUGAUCACAUGAUGAUUUUCUUUUACUGCAGCAAGUGUUAUUGAUUCGUAUGA